AAAAGCCCUAAUUUUGGUAAACACUCAGUUGUCCAAAUCCUCUGACUCAAGUGUCUAUAUAUACAUACACACUCAUCUAUCUUCAUCUCUUUAGCCCCAUUAAAACCCUAGCUCAUCUCUACCUUUGAAAUUUUCUCUCCAAUUUUCCCGUUUCUAAAUUCAAAGCAUAUCGUUAGCUAUGUCGGACGACGAGAGGGAGGAGAAAGAGUUGGAUCUCACCAGCCCUGAGGUCGUCACCAAGUACAAGAGUGCUGCUGAAAUCGUUAACAAGGCUUUGCAGUUGGUGUUGUCAGAAUGCAAACCGAAAGCGAAGAUUGUUGACAUUUGUGAGAAAGGCGAUGCUUUUAUCAGAGAACAAACUGGGAACAUGUACAAGAAUGUCAAAAAGAAGAUCGAGAGGGGCGUAGCAUUUCCUACUUGCAUUUCUGUGAACAACACUGUAUGUCACUUCUCUCCCCUGGCCAGUGAUGAAACAAUACUAGAGGAAGGUGAUAUGUUGAAGAUUGAUAUGGGGUGUCACAUUGAUGGAUUCAUUGCUGUCGUGGCACACACUCACGUGCUUCAUGAAGGGCCAGUGACAGGCAGGACAGCUGAUGUAAUUGCAGCAGCUAAUACAGCCGCUGAAGUUGCUUUGAGGCUUGUAAGGCCUGGAAAGAAGAACAAGGAUGUCACAGAUGCCAUUCAGAAGGUUGCUGCUGCCUAUGACUGCAAGAUUGUUGAGGGCGUUCUGAGUCAUCAGCUAAAGCAGUUUGUGAUUGAUGGUAAUAAGGUUGUACUGAGUGUAUCCAAUCCUGAAACUAGAGUUGACGAUGCAGAAUUUGAGGAGAAUGAAGUUUAUGCAAUUGACAUAGUCACCAGCACAGGUGAUGGAAAACCUAAGUUAUUGGAUGAGCGACAAACAACUGUUUACAAAAGAGCCGUGGACAAGAACUAUCAUUUGAAGAUGAAGGCGUCAAGGUUUAUCUUCAGCGAAAUUAGUCAGAAAUUCCCCAUCAUGCCAUUUUCGGCAAGGGCUUUGGAAGAGAAAAGGGCUCGGCUGGGAUUAGUCGAAUGUGUUAACCAUGAUCUUUUGCAGCCAUACCCUGUUCUUCAUGAGAAACCUGGUGAUUUGGUUGCUCACAUAAAAUUCACAGUUCUUUUAAUGCCUAAUGGAUCGGAUAGGAUCACAGCCCAUCCUCUGCAGGAGCUGAAGCCCACAAAGACGAUAGAUGAUGACGCCGAGGUCAAAGCCUGGCUCGCCCUUGGCAUAAAGACUAAGAAGAAAGGUGGUGGGAAGAAGAAGAAAGGUAAGAAAGGUGAGAAAAUGGAUGAUCCAGCAGAAACCGAGCCUAUGGAUGAAGCAUCUAAUGGCGUUGCAUCUAAAGAAUGAGAAUUUUUUGUUUUUCAGUCCUUUAUGUCGGCUGAUUGCAGCUUAAGUUAUGAAGGGAGAGUGAUCUGACAUUGAGCCUGGUGGAGGCAUUUUGCUCUAUUGUGGAUGAUGUUAGUUUAUGCACAGAUGCAUAUCUUUUUGCGUUAUAAUGCUUCAAUAGUUCAAGCUGUGGGAAACAAAAAGAUAUGCAUUAGUUUUCACCUCAUUAGAAGCUUUUCAACAAAUAUAAUGGUGGUGUUCUGAAUG